GGGCUCCAUAGCCCUGUCUCUCCUUUUCUCAUGCCCUUUCGGGUCUGUCUCCAGGGUGCUGUGGGCACAGGCCCUUUGCUCCCAGGGAAGGAGGGGGUAAGUUUGCUUCUGCUCUAGAGAGCUUACCGUUUUGAUGAUAAACUUUGGGAGGCGCUACUCGGAAAUGGUUUCCAAGUUGGGGGAAAAAAAAAGGAGCGGCAGGUGAAUCAGAACUGCCGGCCUUUUGGUUAGCAGCCGAACUCUGCUCACUGCGCAGCGAGGGCUCCAGGAAGAAAGACGGGAUAAUGAAACUGUUGUACUACUGAGAACUCACAAGGGGGCAGCAUUGGCGCUGUGAACAGGAAGUUGGCAGGCAUAAACGCUUCAGCUCGGAGAAGGAAAAUACGACCAACAGUAAUAGUUCCAAAAAAAUAUGGAGACCUUAGUAUGUACCAGGCAGCACCCACAACGUUUUUAUUUAGCCGUGCUGCUGCUGUAUAGUUGGGCAGGUUGUUCACUGCACAAGGGUGCUAGGCAGAGGGGGUAAAAAAAAAAAAAAAAAUCUACCUGUUCCUUGCUAACCAAGCCAUGUGCCUGGCACCAGGCUGCCUCAACCCAGUAGAAGAAGCAUCUCAUUCUAAUUUGAACAGACUUCACCCAUUCCUGGAGCAGUGCACUUUGUGCAGGGUGGUGGUCACCUGGAAGGUGUACCUUUUCUUAAUUUGUGCAAAGGUGCUGCCUGAGUUACCCUUCGUCCUGAAGCCAGGUAUUAUUAUCAUCUUCAUUUUACGGGAUUAAGAAACGUGCCUGAAGCCCCGCAGUAAGGAAGGGGUGGAAGUGGAAUGUGAUUCCCCAAGCAGGCCACAAAGGGCCAGGGGACAUUUGGCUAAUUUGGGGUGUUGGGGUCAACACCAUACCUGUGGCCAACUUUACAAAGGUGAAAGAUGGCGACCUGAGCCCAAGAGGCAGCUGUCAGAGGAGAGUGGCUGUGAAGGAGCAAACACCUGAGCCUCUGCCCUGGUAAGGCGAGGUACAGCAGCUAGCUUGUUCCACCAAUAAUGCCAUGAUCUGCAGGAGCGCAGUACUGUAGCUAGGUGCCGCAGGCUUUUCCUCCGAUAUUGCCAUGAGCGCACAGUAGCACAGUACUGGUAGCUAGGUGCCGCAGGCUUUUCCUCCAACAAUGCCAUGAGUGCACGGUAGCAGAGCACUGGUAACUAGGUGCCCGGCAUCCACUAGCUGAUUUAUACAAAUAAUCUCUUUCCAUGCUUAAAUGUCCACAGGGCAAGGAUUUUUGUUUUAUUCACUGAUAUGCACCCAGAGCCUGGCACAUAAAAAAAAAAAAAAAAUAGGAGGCACUAAAUAAAUAUUUGCUGAGUGAACAAUUGCUCCUAACAACCUUCCAAAGUAAGUUCUAUUACUCCCACUUUCUUUAUAAAUAUGGAAACAGAAAGGCCAGGGAGGUGAAGUCACUUGCCCGAGGCUCUGCAGAGACCAUCAGCAAACUCUGCCCCCUGCAGUGGUGACUGCAGAAAAUUCAGGGAAAGCCCCAGCACCGGCCCAGGCAGCCCCACUGCCCCUCCCAUAAUGUCAAGGACCACUCACUGUGGUCACUGCGGCGGGGCACCUGAUGGGCCCGGGCCACCUCAUCCAGUUACUUGUGCCUCCUUCCGUUUAGGGGAGAACCCAGUUCCUCCUUGGAGCCCAUGAGGCCCUGCGUGAUGCCCUUGAGCCCUAUACCUGGUACUAGUCCACCCAGCACACCAAAUUUGUGCCCCGGUGAUGUUUUUGUCCCAAUGGUUCUUUGACCCUUUUUUAUUGGUGUCCUCACUAUCCUCUUAACCUCUCAAUGUCCCCGAGCUCCAGCAUCGCUAAAUGGAAGCACCCCGAGAGCUUAUAUUCACUGCUUUGUUCACUGCUGUACUUUCAACAAUGUAAUUGAGAUACAGAGCCCUGGUGGGCAGUGGUUAAGAGCAACGGCAAGCUAUGUCUGCUAACCAAAAGGCCGGCAGUUCGAAUCCACCAGCAGCAUCUUGGAAAAUCUAAUUUACGUAUUAUGGAAUCCACCCAUUUUAAGUGGAUGGUUUAGUUAUUUUUAAUAAAAUUUACUGAAUUGUACAACCAUCAACAUAAUCCCAUCUUAGAACAUUUUCAUCAUCCCAAUAAAAUCCCAUAUGCUUUUAUAUAGUUGGUCCAUUUCCACUCCCAGCCCUAGGCAACCACUAAUCUACUUUCUAUCUCUAGGUUUUCUGGACUUUUCAUAUAAAUGGAAUCAUACAAUCUGUGGUCUUUUAUGUCUGGCUACAUUCACUUAGGAGCCCGCCCUGGUGGCUCGACUGCUAACCAAAAGGUCGGCAGUUUGAAUCCACCAGCCGCUCCUUGGAAACCCUGUGGGGCAGUUCUACUCUGUCCUAUAGGGUAUAAUUGACUGGAGGCCAAUGGGUUUGGUUUUUUUUGUCAUUCACUUAGUAUAAUGUUUCUCAGGCUCUUCCAUACUGUCGUAGGUGUUGGUGGGUCAUCCCUUUUUAUUCCUGAGUAGUAUUCCAUUGUACGGAUAUACCACGUUUUGUUUAUCCACUCCUCAGUUGAUGGACCACCAGCUGAGGUCUCCAUUUUUUGGCUCUUCUGAAUGAUGCCUAUGAACAGUUAUGAGCAAGUCUUUAUGAGAACAGAUGUUUUCAUUUCGUCCCUCAGGUAGACACUGAGAGUGAAAUUACUGGGUCUUAAACUAAUGUUUAGCUUUUUAAGAAAUUGUCUAACUGUUUUCCAAAGUGGUUGCACCAUUUUAUAUUCCCAUCAGCCAUGUAUGAGGCUUCCAAUUUCCCCAAAUUCCCAUCAGCACUUGCUAUUGUCUGAGUUCUUGCUAUAAGCCUUCCUAGUGGAUGUGAGAUGGUAUCUCAUUGUGCUCUAUAAACAUUUGAAUGAGUAAAUAAAUUAUUUCUAAAGCUAGACAGAAUUUGGACUUGAAUCCUGAUGGCAAUACUUAACAGCAGCUAUGCUACCUGGAGCAGCAACUCGCUUCCGUACUGUGAGGCUCAUGAAUUUCACGACAUAAUGGUGAUGUCCUGCUGAGCAGAGUGGUAUCGGUUAUGUGCCCCCUAAAAGGCAGCUGGAGCCCUGGCAGCACCCUGGUUAAAAGCGCGGCUGCUAACCAAAAGGUCAGCAGUUUGAAUCCACCAUCCGCUCCCUGGAAACCCUGCAGGGCAGCUCUACUCUGUUCUGUACAGUUGCUAUGUGUUGGGAUUCACCUGAUGGCAAUGGAUUUUAAAAGGUAGCUGCUAUCAUCAUUGCCACCAUUAUCCAUUAUUAUUAGUGGUAGUAGUACUACCACUCUAGAGACAAGCCACAUGGUCCCAAUGACUGGGACAGUGGCAGUUAACAUCUAUUGAGAGCUCACCACAUACCAGGCUUUGCUCUAAGCCUUGCAUUUUACGUGCAUUACACAACAAUCUCCCGUGAUUGGUGCUACAGUUAACCCCUCAGGAAACCGAGACAGACCGUUAACAUCACUUGGUCCACACUGCCAAGUUAGUAAGUGACUGAGCCAGCAUUGAACUCAGAACUCCUGGCUCCAGAGCCCAUGUUCUUGUCAUCACUGCAAUGCACUUCCUGCCCUUACAAGGCAAACUGGAUGAGUCCCAUUCUAGAGGAGCAGAUAAAAUUCAAGUGGAGGAUCAGGAAGGAGAAAUGGAGCCUGCUCUGGUGUGGUUCAAGCUUUCCCCCUGAAGCCACCCGAAGAGCAGGGCGCGCACUUGUGGAAUUUGCUCCUCUUUUUGCAUAUUGACACAGCUCUGGCAAAGGAGCUAAAGGCAUCUUUUGUGCUGCUGCUCAGCAGUGAGUGACGUCAUGAGCCUUUAUCAGUUCUGCAGAUACGUAGCUAACCAUAUUGUUCUGGAGGAGACGGCAGGGUGCUGGGUGCAGAGCACCUGGGUUCUCCAAUAAGCAGUUACCAUCACCAUGGGCACAAACCCAGAGCAGUCCUUCUUCCCUGGCCACCACUGGCUCUAUUUCUCUGUGUACCUCUUCGCCUUCCUCGUGGGGCUCCCCCUCAACCUGAUGGCCCUUGUGAUCUUCGUGGGCAAGCUUCGGCACCGCCCGGUGGCUGUGGAUGUGCUCUUGCUCAACCUGACAAUCUCGGACCUGAUCCUGCUGCUUUUCCUGCCCUUCCGCAUGGUGGAGGCAGCCAAUGGCAUGCGAUGGCCCCUGCCCUUCUUCCUCUGCCCUUUCUCCGGAUUCCUCUUCUUCACCACCAUCUAUCUCACUUCCCUCUUCCUGGCUGCUGUAAGCAUCGAGCGCUUCCUGAGUGUGGCCUACCCUGUAUGGUACAAGACCCGGCCAAGGCCGGGACAGGCUGUUCUGGUCAGUGGGGCCUGCUGGCUCCUGGCCGCUGGCCACUGCAGUGUGGUCUACGUCAUCGAACUCUCUGAGGGCUCCUCCCACAGUCCAAACACCAAUGGGACCUGCUACCUGGAGUUCCAGGAAUACCAGCUGGCCAUUCUCCUGCCUGUCCGGCUGGAGAUGGCUGUGGUCCUUUUUGGGAUGCCCCUGCUCAUCACCAGCUACUGCUACAGCCAGCUGGUGUGGAUCCUCAGCAAAGGAGCCAGCCAUCACCGGAGGAAGAGGGUGGCAGGGCUUGUGGCAGCCACCUUGCUCAACUUCCUUGUCUGCUUUGGGCCCUACAAUGUGUCCCAUGUCGUGGGCUAUGUCCGGGGUGAAAGCCCGUCGUGGAGAGGUUACGUGCUGCUCCUCAGCACCCUCAACUCCUGCAUCGACCCCUUUGUCUACUACUUCUCAUCAUCUGGGUUCCAAGCUGACUUCCAGGGGCUGCUGAGGAGGUUGGCAGGGGUCUGGAGCUCCUACAGGCGGGAGCGCAGCGUGGAACUGAAGGUGACACGGGAAAGCGAGGGGCAGGAGUUGUCCAAGGUAGAAAGUAGGUAGGAGACUCUAGAAGGGCUGUGAAACUGGUGGCCAGGCAGCCUGGGCUGAAAGCUAGGUGUUCUGAUGGGUCGUCCCCAGCAUAGCACCUAUCUCAGUCAAGCAGGACCUUGAGUGGCAGGCUGGGAACUGAUGUGGCCUGGGAGUGUGCUCACCAAAGGCCAACUCUUGAUCGCACCACACUACUGUACCACCUGUCCCCACACGAACAGGUUCAGCCCUGGGAAGUAGUCAGGGUGAGAGACUUCUGUGGGAAAAAGAAGCUCCCCAUGGCAGCUGCCAGUGCCUGUGCUUUUCUGAGGGCAAAGAAGGAGUUAAGAGGGGUGAGCAUAGUCUGAGGGAGUUGCCCAGUGGCUUGGGACAGGGGAAGGGAAGACCCCACCCCUCUUGGGUGCUCCUACUGGCAAGUCAGGAGUGGGGCGAACAGGGCUGGCAGGCAUUUCAGACUCCGGGCUUGAGGGAGCAUCUGCUCUCACGUGUGCUUUUCCAAGAAGUUUCUGUGCUCGAGAAAUUCAGAACUUCCGGGACUUUUAUAAAAAUUGACAGAAGAAAAGUCACUCAAAUAAAUUUGAUGGCAAGCAAAAAGAGAAUGGUCUUUCCUGGUUCUCCUGUUUUUUCUUACGGCGUAUGUGGAUCAGGUGGAAUGAGUGGAUGGAAGGAUAAAAUGGGUCAGUUCCGAAGGAAAACAGCUAAAUGACAAGAUGCCUAGACCCUGGGAGAGAAUCUGGGCUGGAAGAAUAAAAACACAGAGCUAACUUCUGUCUUAAGACCUUGGCCUGACCCAUUAUCUUCUUUAAUCCUCUCAAUAACCACACAGUAGGUACUAUGACCCCCGUUUUACAGAUAAGGAAACAGGCACAGAGAGUGAAGUCUCUAGCUGGAGGUCCCAAGUAAAUGAAGCAGGCCUUGAAGGUGGGAUUAUCUGUCUCCAAAACUAUGCUUCUAGCUUCCUUCAGCUGUGUAACGUCCCAUGUGACCUGGCCCCCCAAAGGUAGAAAAGGUAGUCUUACUAGCACACAAAGUAAACAGCUUAUAACGAAAAGUAUAAUUAAAUGCAAAGCAGGUCAACUAUCUGGGUUGGUACAUCCUCUUCCCAGGAAAGAAACCCUCUUAAAAAAAAAAAAAAAAAAAUUACCAUAAUGAGCAUGGUUGACCUCGGGUCACUGCAAAAGCCUUAUCUUCUUAGGAGUUAUUUUCAUUGAAAUGUGGUCAUUUCAUCAAAAUUGAGCCUACGACGGCAGCAGGUUUAGUUUGGUUUUAGUAAGUUUUCAUUUUCCACCUUUGGGUGGUACAUAAGGAACAGCUGGUCAGAGGCCUCCCCCCGCCCCCCAGCAAGCCAACCAGAGAAAUGCUGCCACCUAUUUGUACAUACCCAGACCCAGUGCCCUCGAGUCGCAUAGUCAGCUUUACCUCAAAAACAUUUGUUGAGCACCUACUAUGUACAGCUGGCUCAAUUUGGGACUUCUGGGAUUUCAAAAGCCUGCUAAUGUCUUUAGUAUGUAGUUUCUUCCUGAGGUUAAGGCCAUUGGGAGAACGAGGGCUACCACUGGGGGACUGGGUUUCAGGUGGAAAGGCAGAGACACAGCUCUGUGGAGAGACGAAGGCUUGGGCUGUCUCUCUAUCCCACAGCUCAUCUGAUUGUCUCAAGGCACUGUGUCCUGGCAACUGGUAAGAAGUUGAUGCUAACAUGGGCCUACGUGGCUCAGGAAGGGAACAAGGGUACCAUAAAUGAAGUGCCACAUGGAACAUUCUCUGUGACCCUAAAAGUGGGAAAGAGGAUCCAAAGCUGAUGACAAAAAAGAGUUGAAAACCCACAUUCUAAAGAAAGCCACAAACAACAGUAGUCUGAUCCCUUCCUCGGGGUUUAUUAAGAUGAAUUAGUGGCAACUUAACUGGCUUUGCUGUCCCUACCGUGACCCAGCACCAUACCCACCCCAGUCUAUGAAAGCAAAAGACUAAGGAGGAAG